AUGUUCGAACAAUACAUGGAGUGGCAUAUUCUCCGAGAUAUACCAGUGAUGUCUAAUAUUCUGUAUUGUCUUGGGGAAACAUGUUCUAUGUUCUACUUUUCAGGAAGACCAUGAGGUUAGACAGCUAGUCUCAUUUUUGAAAAUGUUUGACAAGGAAUAUGGGCUAGAGAACGCACUGGAGGCUUGUCACAGGCAUAUAAAACAGUUACAAGAAGGUUCAGAAAAUCCAAGCUUCGGGGAUCGCAUUUUGUGGUAUAUCAAUUAUCUCGAGGAGUGGUAUCAGGAACAGAAAGAUAAGGAGGAAGUUCAAGUAUCUGAGUUUGCGAGGGAACUUGUUACCGACGGCAUUAUGGAUGAUGAAUAG